AAUGCAGUGACUGGGUCAUCCCAUUCCACUGCACACUGCUUGAGAAGAGGAGGGAUAGCAGCUCAACGUGCCUUCUGGAUUUAAGAAGCUGAAGGCAUGUCUCUUCCCCGACAACUGCGAGAAAAGAGUGACUUUGACCAGCUUCCAGAUGAUGUGCCUGUUUCGGCUAACAUUGCAGACAUUGAAGAGAAGAAAGGCUUUACUAAUUAUUUUAUGUUUGUCAUUGAAGUGAAGAUUAAAGGUGGCAGCAGAUAUCUGAUUUUCCGACGCUACCGUCAGUUCUAUGCCCUUCAUGCCAAACUAGAGGAGAGAUAUGGGGCAGAGAGCAAAAAUAGCCCUUUUACCUGCACACUCCCCAUGCUUCCAGGGAAGGUUUAUGUUGGGGCCAAAAAGGAGAUUGCUGAGAACAGGAUCCCUAUUCUAAAUGCCUACAUGAAGAACCUACUCUGCCUACCCAUUUGGGUGUUGAUGGAUGAAGAGGUGCGGCUGUUCUUCUACCACUCAACCUUUGAUAGUGAACAGGUGCCUAAGAGACUGAGACGGCUUCGCCCACGGACACGCCGAGUUAAAAGUGUUUCACUCCAACUACCUGUUUCUGAUCGCACAGCAGCUCCACGGGCAGAGGCCCUGUUUGAUUUUUCUGGAACCAAUAAACUGGAACUAAGCUUUAAGAAGGGAGACUUGAUUUAUCUACUCAGCAGAAUAAACAAAGAUUGGUUGGAGGGAACGGUUCAUAGUACUACUGGAAUUUUCCCCUGUGCUUUUGUGAAGAUCAUAAAAGAUUUACCACAGCAGGAAGAUACAGUUAAUAGAGUACGCUGUUAUUACCAUGAGGAGACAGUGAGCACCAUCAGGGAUAUCUUGGUGGAAGAGGAUCUGAGUAGCAUUCCAUUAUUCAAAGAUCUAAUGAAAUUAGUAAGGCAGGAGUUUGACCAAGAUGACAUUGUUUUGAAUUAUCGGGACCUUGAUGGUGAUCUGAUUCGGCUGCUUUCUGAUCAGGAUGUUGAACUCAUGGUUUCUCAGAGCAGAAGGAAGCCUGCUGAAAAGCGUAUCUUCCCUUGGAAGUUGCACAUCACUCACAAGGAUGACUUGAGUGUCUACAACACUAAUCCAGGAAUAGGUGCUAUUCCAACAGUAAUAGCAACACGACCACUAUAGAGCGAUGUUUCAGUG